AUGCCAACAACCCUCGCAUUCAUCGGCUGCGGCAACAUGGGCUCCGCAAUCCUAAGCGGGCUUUUAGACGCCACCCGCUCGGAACCCGCAACCGCCAAAAUCACACACUUCACCGUGAGCACCAAAAGCGCAACAUCAGCGGCCAAGCUGCGGGCCGAAUACGCCGCAGACUCGUCGCGGGUGACCGUCGCGCACGGAGCCAAUGUGCGCGCCAUGCAAGACGCAGACAUCGUCAUGCUGGCGUGCAAGCCGUUCCUGGCGCAGAGUAUUCUGGCCGAGCCGGGCGUGGCGGCGGCGCUGGCGGGGAAGUUCGUGAUCAGCGUCAUGGCAGGGAAGACGCCGGCUGAGAUCAUGGAGUUCGUGUAUGGGAAUGAUGGUGGCUCCGCAUCGCAGACGGAGGACAGGCCGGUGAUUGUCACGGCGAUGCCUAAUGUGGCGGCGCGGCUGCGUCAGUCCAUGACGAUUGUUGAGGAGAACGAUGCGCUCUCGCCGGAGCGGGCGGAGGUUCUGAAGUGGAUUUUCGAGCAGAUUGGCACGGUCAAGUUCGUGGCGCCGGAUUUGGUGAAUGCUGGGUCGAUGGUUUCGGGGGCGGCCAUGGCGCUCAUGACCGUUGCUGUUGAUGGCAUUAUGGAUGGUGCUGUUAUGGAGGGCUUUCGACGCCCGGAUGCGAUGGAGGUGUCGGCGCAGGUGUUGGAGGGCUUGGCUGGGUUGUUGAGGGAGGGGGUGCAUCCGGCGGUUUUGAGGGAGAGUAUUUCUUCGCCGAAAGGGUGUACUAUCCAGGGAUUGUAUGCCCUGGAGAAGAAUGGGGUGCGCGGAGCGUAUGCUGAGGCGCUGGUGAGAGGCAUCAAGCACUUGAGGGGGGAGACGUAG